CGGCCGGAGUGGGACAAGACGGGGCCAGCGCGGGAGGGAGCGAAGCAUCGCUGGCGGCAAGAUGCAGCACCGAGGCUUCCUCCUCCUCGCCCUCCUGGCCCUGCUGGCCCUCACCUCCGCGGUGGCCAAAAAGAAAGACAAAGUGAAAAAGGGCAGCCCGGGGAGCGAGUGCGCAGAGUGGACGUGGGGGCCCUGCACCCCCAGCAGCAAGGACUGUGGCGCUGGUUUCCGUGAAGGUACCUGCGGGGCCCAGACUCAGCGCCUCCGCUGCCGGGUGCCAUGCAACUGGAAGAAGGAGUUUGGAGCGGACUGCAAGUACAAGUUCGAGAGCUGGGGCUCGUGUGACGGGGGCUCUGGCACCAAAGCCCGCCAAGGCACCCUGAAGAAGGCGCGGUACAAUGCCCAGUGCCAGGAAACCAUCCGCGUAACCAAGCCCUGCACCCCCAAGACCAAAGCCAAGACCAAAGCCAAGAAAGGGAAGGGGAAGGACUAGCGGCCAGGCCUGAAUGCCAAAGCGCCCCUGGCCCUCGCACUCCCUCCCACGGCCAGGCCAGAGCCCACCAGUGCCUUCUGUUCUUCAGCUUUAUCAAUCACGCCCUGCCCCCUCCCUCUCCCUCUCCCGCCCCGCCCCCAGGUGCCCGCAGUGGGAUGGGACGAGGGGUCCUGGGCAGCCUGAGCCUCCCCACAGAGGGAUUUCUUUCCCACGCCCCUUUGUUCUCGCCCAGAACAAUGCCAUUCCUAAGAAAUAAAUCCAU